UCCUUCCGCCCCUAUAAAUGGCAGGCCUAUUCAUGGGUCCGAGACACAGGAAAAAUUUUGUCUUGAUCUGUGUUCUCUGAGAGAAGAAAAUGUCUUGCUGCGGAGGGAACUGCGGGUGCGGAGAUGGCUGCAAGUGUGGCAGCGCAUGCGGAGGAUGCAAGAUGUACCCCGACAUGGCUGAGGAAAAGAGCACCACCACUCAAACCAUGAUCAUGGGGGUUGCACCCCAGAAGGGGCACUCUGAAGGGUUCGAGGUGACUGCUGGAUCCGAGAACGGUGGCUGCAAGUGUGGAACCAACUGCACCUGCGAUCCCUGCAACUGCAAAUGAGACACAGAGGCCUCAAGAGAGAGAGAGAGAGGAAGGGAAUGAAUACUGCUGUUGUUUGUAGUUCUAUGUGGUGUGUGUAGUUUGUGUCUGGAGUUAGAAUAGUGUCUUAGUGCUAAAAAUAAGCGGCCAUGGCUCCGACUAACCCUCCUCUGGUGGAGUUGUUGCUGCCAUGGCCGAGAAAGAAGGGACCUCUCUCUUGUCUGCUUCUCUCGUUGUUCGUCCUGUGCCUGGGUGUGCUGCUAUCUAUGGUGUGUUUGCUUUACCAUGUGAAAAAGAAGACAGCUUUUUAGUAAAAGUAGACCCUAUCCCUGUUCUCUGCGGUGAA